CUUUGUGGCAAGUAAAUCUGCUAAAACCUGUGACAGUGAAGGCGGUUGAUUCUGCACGGUCUAACUGAAGAAUAUACCAAUCUAUUAGAAUGGAUCUUUUGCCGGGAAGAUUUACCGACAAAUAUCAUCAUGAAGGGUACCUGUAUUUAAAAGACCGAAGGUCCAGCACUAUUUUUAGAUGCGAUAAAAGAGGCACGGAAAAAUGUGACGCAUGUCUGCAUGUACAGCGAGACAAUUCCAAGGAUGCAAUCAUUGUAGCUGGUGAGCAUAAUUGCACCAAAGACGAGUUCAUUAUGCUUCGCCAUGAAUUGAUGGGAGAACUGCAAGAGUUGACCGUCAACAGCUACAUUGACUUGAAGAAAUUGUAUGAUGACAUCAUACUGAAAAAAAAGUACUUACCCCUUCAAGGUGAUAUGACCCUUAAAAACAAGGCACUAAAAACGAUGAGAAAAAUCCGUCAAGAAAUCAUUUUUCAUUAA